UAAUUUAUUAUCUAAAAUAAAAAUGUUUUAUUUUCCUAGAAAUCCAUCACGUAGGCGCCUGUGGGAAACUGCCUUUCGUAGAGAAAACUGGACUGCGAGUAAUUCAUCUACUCUCUGCAGUAAUCAUUUUAUUAUGGGUAAACCAUCUAAUGAUCCUAAUCAUCCAGAUUAUGUGCCUUCAAUUUUUAAGCACAAAGUUCAGGACAGACAAACAGAAAAAGAAAAAGUUGCUCGUUUUCAGAAGUUAGCAGAACGUAAUAAAAUAAUUCAUCAAUCAUCUGUUACAGGAAAUGAAGGAAUAUCAAGUAUUGAAGCAUUUGCAGUGGAUCAUUGUUGCCAGUUUAAAGAUGUAAUCACAAUGACAGAUCUUACAAAAGAUGAUAUUGACAAGUUGGAAUCAUCGAAUAAAGCUUUUGCGGCACAUCUUGAAAUGCUACGGAAAAAUGAAAAGUCUUUUUCAUCUGUAAUUUUGAAUUCACAAAAAAUGUGUAAUUUUUAUACAAAAUUUCCAAGCACUCAGUUUUUUCUUAGGCUUUUAACAUACAUCAUGUCUGGCUGGAUACCUAAAACAAGAACAGUUUUAGAACAUCAUGAGCAGCUUUUACUCAUGAUUAUGAAAUUACGGUUGGGUUUGCUAAAUGAAGAUUUAGCAUAUAGAUUCAAUAUAGGCACUUCAACUGCUAGCCGUAUAUUUCAAGAAUGGAUUACGAGAAUGGCAGUUGUCUUACUUCCUUUCAUUCACUGGCCAUCAAUGAAAACUGUGAAAAAAAAUAUGCCAAAAUGCUUUAUUGAAGGAAAUCUUGGACAAGUGUCUUGUAUUUUGGAUUGCACCGAGAUAUUUAUUGAUAAAGCUUUUAAUUUGGACGUAAGAUCCCAAACAUUUUCAAACUAUAAACACCACAAUACUGUAAAAUUUAUGAUUGCAUGUUCUCCAACAGGCUGCGUAACUUUCAUUUCCAAAUUAUAUGGAGGAAGAAUUUCUGACAAAGAAAUAACAAAAUUAAGUGGUUUUUUAGAUAAGGUAGAAAAUGGUACUGUUAUUUUAACUGAUAGAGGUUUCCAGAUCGAUGAACUUGUUGCUUCAAAAGGGGCAACAGUAAUUAUGCCUUCCUCAACAAAAGGCAAGCAACAGUUAGGAGCAGCAGAAGUGAACUCCAGAAAAAUAUCCAGAGUACGAGUACAUAUCGAAAGAUGUAUUGGACGAUUAAAAACAUACAGAAUUUUAAAAUGUACUUGGCCUAUUUCACUUUUAAAAAAUUCAACAGCUGACAAAGUGCUUACUGUAAUAAGUGCAUUGUGCAAUAUAUCUAGGCCUGAAUUAAUAAAAAUUUAGUCUGCUUA